AUGGCGGAGGUGACGGCUCGGCCGACUGCAUCAGCAGCAACCGAACUUCCCAGAGCCAGAUCAGGAAGAGGGCCCGACCUUCCCAUUCUGGAGAAGAGGAACUGGCUGAUCCACUUGUACUACGUCCACAAAGAUUACGAUGCGUGUAAGAUUGCUAUCAAAGAGCAACUGCAGGAAACCCAAGGAAUGUGUGAAUACGCCGUCUAUGUUCAAGCUUUGAUCUUUCGCUUGGAAGGGAAAAUUCACGAAUCUCUGGAGCUUUUCCAGACUUGUGCUAUUCUCAGGCCUCGAUGUGCAGACAACCUCAAGCAGGUGGCCCGUUCCCUGUUCCUUCUGGGCAAGCACAAAGCAGCUAUUGAAGUCUACAACGAUGCGGCUCAACACAACGAGAAGGACUGGGAGAUCUUUCAUAACUUGGGCGUCUGCUACAUGCAGCUGAAAUAUUUCAACAAGGCCAAAGAUCAACUGAACAACGCCUUGCAGCUCAACCGACAUGACCUGACAUACAUGACGCUGGGGAGGAUUCACCUGAUGGAGGGGGAAAGAGAUGCAGCCAUUGAAAUCUAUAAAAAGGCAGUGGAAUUCUCCCCUGAAAACACAGAGCUCCUUACAAUUCUGGGCUUGCUUUACCUCGAGCUUGAGAUUUAUCAGAAAGCCUUUGAAUACCUUGGAAAUGCACUCACAUUUGAUCCCUGCAACUAUAAGGCCAUUCUGGCAGCUGGCAGUAUGAUGCAAACCCAUGGGGACUUUGACAUGGCUCUCAGCAAGUACCGGACCGUGGCUUGUACCGUUCCUGAGAGCCCUCUGCUCUGGAACAACAUCGGCAUGUGCUUUUUUGGCAAAAAGAAAUACGUGGCGGCUAUCAGCUGCCUGAAACGGGCAAACUACCUUGCACCCUUUGAUUGGAAGAUCCUGUACAAUCUUGGGCUGGUCCAUGUGACAAUGCAUCAGUAUGCUUCCGCCUUCCACUUCAUCAGCGCAGCUGUCCAUCUCCAGCCAAAGUUGGCAGAACUUUACAUGUUGCUAGCAGUUGCCCUGACAAAUCUUGAAGAUCUUGAAAACGCAAGGCUAGCCUAUCAGAAAGCUUCAUCACUGGACACAUGCAACCCACUCAUCAGUCUGAAUCACGCAAUCCUGCUAUACAAUCAAGGAGACAAGACGGGGGCUGUUGCUCAGUACUAUGAGAUGCAAAGAAAGGUCCAUGCCUUAAAAGAGAGCACCCUGGAUUUUGACCCCGAGAUGGUGGACAUUGCCCAGAGACUGGGCACUUCCUUACAGCUUGGAGAGGUGGCAAUCUGGGCUAAACCUGGGAAAGACUCGAAAUCGAAGCCGCGAGGCACCGCACCCAGCGCACAGCCAUUGGGUUCCAAUCAAGCUCUGGGACAGGCCAUGUCCUCUGCAGCUGGGUACGCAAAGACAAUGAGCCGAGUUCUUGGAAGUUCAACUCAUGUGGCAAAGGUUCCUUCCUUACCUUUGGAGCCUAAACCCAAGCAACCGACCCCCGAGGAACUUCCAUCUACUCUAAAACCACAGGAACAAGUUCAACCCGUCGAACAAGCGGAGCAGUCUUGAAGAGAGGGCCAACCUGGAACUGCUCGUAGAGCGCCGUGUUGAACCUACUGGGUGCAAUAGGGACAAGGCGCAUUUAGUAUCCUACAAACUUUGCACCAGACCAAAGAGUCCAGCAGUCCUGUCGCACACCAUUAGCCGAUGAGAUAUUCGGAGGUUGCGUUGUUCCCUUAACAUUCCACACGUAGACUAAUGAAAGAUGAAGAGAGGGACACGGUUUGAGUAGCUUUCCCUGGAAGCCAUUGGACCUUCAUAACAGGAAGAGAAGUGAGUUGAUUACGUUUCUACUAAGAGGUGUCUCUAGAUUUUGAGAAUAUAGCCCUUUCUAAUAUUUUUCUACUGAUGCCGAGUUACUUUUUGGUAGCAUUUCGAGCCGUACGAGCUGUGGCGGCGCAGUGGU